UACAGGAGAGACCUACCGUGCGGCAUGGCAGCCUGAAACCGUAGGGAGGAGAAAAGGAGGAGGGAGAGAAGCGGUAUUUUUUUUCCUCUCGAGUGCAUUUUUCUCUCCGUAAACCGACUCAAACCUGAACGGACUGUAUGUGGACGUCGCGGAGACAAAUACUGUGGAUUAUAAGCGCAUUUUUUAUGGAUAAAACAACAACAACUGGGAGUUAAAUUUGAGGAGCAAACUCGUGGAUCGAUGAGAGAAGACGGGCAGCCAGAGAGAAGCUCCCCCGCUGACAUAAGAGAGUGAGGAGAUUACAGUAGAAGCUCAGAGGAGGCGCACAACACACAGGCUCUCCUGCUGCCUGCAGAGCCAUGAGCCGGGCGCUUAUGGACCAUAUCGCCAGUAGUUUCCGCGAAGAUGCUCCUCGACCCCCGGUGCCGGGGGAGGAGGGCGAGGCGCCCUGCUACCCCGGCAAACUCGCAAUGAUGAAACCCCAGGAACCCCCCAAAUCGGUUUUGCUCGGUUCUCCGGGCUCCGCGGCGAGGAGGAACGAGGAUGGUCUUGGGGAGCCAGAGGGGAGUGCCUCCCCGGAUUCACCGCUCUCCCGGUGGACAAAGUCUUUGCACUCUCUCCUCGGGGACCAGGACGGUGCCCUUCUUUUUAGGACAUUCCUGGAGCGGGAAAAAUGUGUCGAUACUUUAGACUUUUGGUUCGCCUGCAAUGGCUUCAGGCAAAUGGACCUCAAGGAUACCAAAACGCAGAGAGUCGCCAAAGCAAUUUACAAGCGCUACAUCGAGAACAACAGCAUUGUCGCCAAACAGCUCAAGCCCGCGACCAAGACUUUCAUACGGGAUAAUAUCAAGAAGCAACACAUAGACUCUGCCAUGUUUGACCAGGCUCAGACGGAGAUCCAAACCAACAUGGAGGAAAACGCGUACCAGAUGUUUCUGACCUCUGACAUUUACCUCGAGUACGUGAGGACCGGGGGAGAAAACCCCAAUCACGGCAACUCGAACGGGUUGGGCGACCUGAAAGUUGUCUGUGGAUACCUGCCCACGCUCAAUGAAGAGGAGGAGUGGAGUUGUGAUUUCAAAGCCAAAGCGCUGGUUGAAUUGUCGGCGAAGGCGCAGAGGGCCACCGUGUCCAUGAGGGCGGUGGAGGUGAUGGAGAGGGGAUACAGAUCGUACAAGAGAGGAGACUCGCUCAACCCCUGCCAUGUGGGCUCUUUCGCCCCCGUCAGCAGCACCAACGACAGCGAGGUGUCCAGUGACGCCUUGACCGAUGAUGCCAUGUCCGUGACUGACAGCAGUGUAGAUGGCAUCCCUCCGUACAAACUGGGCUCAAAGAAACAGCUCCAGAGAGAGAUGCAGCGCAACAUGCGGAUGAACAGCCAAGUCUCUCUGCCUGCUUUCCCUCGAACUCGCCGUCCUCCCAAGGAGAUGGUCCCAAUGGAGCCGUCAGAGUUUGCAGCCCAGCUCAUUUCCCGCCUGGAGAGCCUGAAGAGAAAACAGGACACCAUCAACUCUCUGGAGGAGAAGCUGCAGCAGAUUCAGGAGGAGGAGGAAAAAGAAGACACAGAGGUUAUGGGAAGUGCUCCUCAGCUCUCUCCCCAUCCCUUGACGCUCCUCCCUGGCUCCUCCGAUGAGGACCCCCAGGCCAUUCUGGACGAACACCUGUCUCGAGUCCUGAAGACCCCCGGCUGCCAGUCCCCCGCUGUCAUCCGCCACUCGCCUCGCUCCAGCUCCCCAGAACACAGGCCCAUCACACGGGCAGGUUUUGGAAUCAAGGCCCUGGUCAGGACGGGGCCCUCCAGUCCUUCUGUCUCUAGUCCAGACCAAGCGGCUAUCACUCUGGCCUUGGGGCCCAGCAGGACCCUCGUAAGCAGGCAAAGCACGAAACACAUUCACCACCACUACAUCCACCACCACGCCAGUCCCAAGACGAAGGAGCAGAUUGAGAGGGAGGCAGCACUCAGGGUGCAUGGCCUGUGCUCUAGCAGCGGCGAGUGCCAGCCCUGCCAGCCUUACCAGCGCAGCCGCAGCCUGGGCAGAGAGAUGUGUGGGGCCAUCUCAACAGACAACAGCAUGGGGCGUUCCAGCUCUCUGUCCAGGCGUGUUUGUCGUUCUGGGGCUGAGGAUGGAGUGGCAGAGAGAUGUAUGGACGACUGUGGGCCCUUGCAGCUGCCCAGCGACACAACAGACCCCACCCAGAAUGUGCUGCAGUGGAUCCUGGAAAGUAAACGGCAAGGCAGGCACAAGUCUCACAGUAACCAGAGCACCAAGAAAUCCUUUGGUGGCUCGUCUACGCAGACACACACGUGGGGUGGAGGUGGAAGCUCUGGCCACCUACGUAGCCACCAGCCUGCCCAGCCAUUUAUCCAGGACCCCGCCAUGCCUCCCCUGCCCCCUCCCAACACUUUGGCCCAGCUGGAGGAGGCUUGCCGCAGACUGGAGGAGGUCUCGACUAAGACCACCAAGCAAAGGCAUUCAAUGUCCAGUCUCCAGCAAGAGAAGAGCCACCUAGUGCCUGUCCAGGGUGAGGGGUCCGUCCCUCUGUCUCUAGCCAAUCCCAGCCCUGCUGGCCUCCUCACAACCAGCCCCGGUCUCCAAUCAGAAGAGAUGAAGGAGUGUAAAAAGGGUUUAGGAGGCGAGACGGUGGUGACGUAUUUCUUCUGUGGUGAGGAGAUCCCCUACCGGAGGAACAUGAAGAGCCACAGUCUCACCCUGGGCCACUUCAAGGAGCAGCUCCGCAAGAAGGGCAACUACAGGUACUACUUCAAGAAGGCCAGCGAUGAGUUUGAAUGUGGCGCGGUGUUUGAGGAGGUGUCAGACGACAGCUCCUUGCUGCCCACCUACGAAGGCAAGAUCUUGGGCAAGGUGGAGAGGAUGGAGUGAGGCCCUCCCUGUGUUGUGGAUUAUACGGACGCUUCACAACUCCGUGGAUGUACUCCCUUCACACACACUAAGUAUGUGUCUUUUAAGCUAAGACUGUUGGACUGGAGAAGCUGAAGGAAUGUCGACGAGGUCUGGGCAGGCGGACUGGAUGGAGAGGGAGAAACGAUGGAGGGCAUGAUAUCGCUAUUUCUGGACUAUCGCGUGAACACGCCCGCCUUGAAGUGAAGAAAAUACAAGACUGUGUGUUGCUGGACUGAAACAUCUCCAUGUUUCCAGAAGAGAAAACUCUAGAGACUCCAGGUGAAUGACCACUCCUCAAAGAAGCGGGGCGGUGGGUUCAAAUUUGAGACUGACAGCCUACCUGACCCUGCCCGCGCUAGCAUCUGCCCACGGGUACUCGCUAGCACAUCGCUAAUAUGUAUAUGCAGAUAUACAUGUACAUUGCAUUGUAUUGUGAUGCUCGUAUUGCUGUGUAAAGAUUUCUAUUGCUAUUUAUUGGAAAUAUCCCCGCCCCAACCCUAUUAUUCCUCCAUGGACAAGCUGCUCGGAGUUGGAGAAACUUCUCCAAUUUUCCACAUCCGUUUUUUUUCCCCCUCUCCCUUCUGAGCAUCAGUUCUCAAGCAAAGGAAAUGGGUUUUAUUCAUUUUCUGCCCCUCAUUGAACUGUAAACUUCAAAAAUACCUCUUCAAAAAAUCCACUCCUGUACCUGGAGAUUUAGCGGGACAUCAUCUCUGAUCUCUUGGCUGGAGAGCUUACUGCUGAAGCUUUGAGAAAUGGCUCUCUAUCACUUAAUAGUUUGAUAAUAUAUUUACUACUGCAGUGCUAUUUGUGGCCGUGUCCCCAUCUGCUCUGAGUGUACUAUGGAAAAAAAAAAAAAAGGAACAAAAAUGCUAUUAACGUUUAAUUCCCAACUCUGGGACUCUGCCCAGCUAGCCUUGAUCUGUCGCGUCUUAGUGCCUUUGUUUCAGUGGCGCAGGCAUCGCACAAAUAGCCUACGUAUUUACUAAGAGGAAACUGCCCUGAACAGGUCCUAGAGUCCCCAAAAUGUGUUUACACCAAUAUUAAUAUUUACCAACAAAAAGCUCUAUAAUGUGCUCCCCAACUUGCUUACCUAUGUGAUUGUGUGACUGAGUUGCUUUUGAGUAGGGUUACUCUGUGUGUAUUUGAAGCCUGCGCUAUGAGCUGCAGAUGAUAAUGAUGGUGGUGAUAUACACUAUGUCCAUAGUGUUUUAAUUGAGUACAGUAGCUGUGCCUACAUGGAUUCUUGCCGUGUUUUACCCAGUUUUCAGGGUCAGAUUACUCCCUUGGUUUUUACAAGGGGCCUUAUGUUGAAAAGAUAUUUUUAUGCCUUUUAGUAUCCGUUUCAUCAUGUUUAUGUUUUAUAAUAUUUUUCAUGGCUUCCUUGGCUCCACUUGUAAACUGUAAAUUAUGCGUUCUAUAGAGCUCAGUUGAAAAGAUGCCUCGGUACUUUAAUUAUUGUAAUUAUGAAGAGAUGUAGCCUUUAUUAAAAUGUUCUAUUUUUCAAAUUA